UACAUCUGAAAUUACGAGAAGCAGUUAGUUUUGUCUUUAUUAAGAGCUCAGGCAGAAGGAAUCCAGUUCCCCUCACAUUGAGCCAAAGGACACAUCUCCUUCCUGGAGUCCUGCUCUGCUUCAUCACAGGAGCAUUGGGAUUAUUACACACACAGACACACACUCCAGACAGAACUGCAACAGCCCCGGGAGCAGCAGCAACAGGAGCCCAGGACUACAAGGUCAUCAUAUUCAUUGUUUAUAAAUACAGAAAGCAGAAAUCGCACAGAUCAGAUUCGCCGGGGAGAAUACAGUAGGUACCUUCCCAAGAUGUUUCGAACACUAUUCCCACAUUGCAGUUUGGCCAUGUUCAUCCUUAGCUGUUCGUUGCCAGUCCAUGGGAGACCAGCACAGGGGAUCAACGGCAGAGUACGGAGGGCAGUAUCGGAGCACCAGUAUCUCCAUGAUAAAGGCCGGGCAAUCCAAGAGCUGCGGCGCAGGAUAUUCCUCCAGAACCUAAUGGGCAGAGUGAACACGGCGGGACUGCAAGCGACUCCGGACGAGGCCUUACUCCCUGCCACCAGUGUGAAGAACUACAACACCCUACGUGUGGUGGGAGAAGAAGAGGGCGUCACAACACAUCUGACUCAGGAGACACAAAAAUCACUGAGCUACAAGGAGCCCUCACUGAAAAUCCAUGGCAAGAAGAAAAAAGGGAAGCCUGGAAAGCGCAAAGACCAGGAUAAGAGGAAGAGACAGGAACGUUCUGCGCUAGAGAGUCUGCAAGACCCGCCGGGAUCAGCUUUUUGGUUGGAAGAGUUAGAUUACAGGAUGCAGUGAACAUUUGACUGGAGAAUACUUGUAUUUUGGAGAAAAUCUGAAAGAAAAAAAAAAGACGUGCGUCAGAGAAUAUUCUGGAGCCGUACAUAUGAGCUGUAUUUAUUAUCAUCCACGUGCGCUGACCCUUCCUGCCAUUUGUAAAACUGCACAGUCGCAUUUCAGCGGCACAACCCCUCCCUCCCCCGUCUCUUAUUUAUUGGUUGAAUUAUGUAUUUAUUGUUUGACCCUUGUGCUGCUGCCCUCCUUUUUAUAAACGUUGCACUUUACGUUCAGAAACUCGCAGAAAAUCCUUGAUUUUUUUUUCUAUUUUUUGAUAUUGAAACUGAUAUAACAUUUUGUGCAUGUAUAAAAAUGUGGUAUAAUUUGUACAGAAUUGUGUAAUAAAUCCAGUGUAAAAACCAAAAAAAAAAAAAUGAAACAUUAUCCCGUUUGAUUUCGGACGCCCAGUGACAUUCCAGUAGCCCGAUAUGACUUCUAGUCAGCUUUGCCAUAUCUGAGAUUGAAACAUCUGGAUACAGUGGCCUCUGUCCUAUAAAUAAAGUUCUUUGUUGUCGGGCCCCUA